ACUCUUUCAGAUGAAAGCAAUGAGAUUUUCUUGGAAGAAUAUAUGUCUUCCCAUAAGCUGCAUCAACAACACAAACCAGAAGACUACAACAAACCCAUCAAAGGAAAGACUUCUUAUGCUCUCCAGACAAACCUCUGUUCGAAGCAGAGUUUACUUGUCUGAUUUCAGCAAUUCAACCAUCUCACUCAACGACUUCUCAAACUCUUUUCUCAUAGACAUUCACAUCUUCACCUAUGAAGAGCUCAAAACGAUCACACAAGGCUUCUCGAAGUAUAAUUACCUCGGCGAAGGAGGAUUUGGGGAAGUCUAUAAAGGGUUUCUUGAUGAUAGCCUCAAGACUGGUUUGAAAGCUCAGCCUGUUGCGGUCAAGGCCUUAAAACGAGAAGGUGGACAAGGCCAUAGAGAGUGGCUGGCUGAAGUUGUAAUCCUUGGACAGUUGAAGCAUCCACAUCUUGUGAACUUGAUAGGAUACUGCUGUGAGGAUGAUCACAGGCUUCUCGUUUACGAAUAUAUGGAACGAGGCAAUCUGGAGGAACAUCUAUUUCAACAGUAUGGUGGAGCCUUGCCUUGGUUAACAAGAGUGAAGAUUCUGCUUGGUGCUGCGAAAGGCCUCGAGUUCCUUCACAAAGAAGAGAAACCUGUCAUUUACAGAGAUUUUAAGCCUUCCAACAUCCUCUUGAGCUCGGACUACAGCUCUAAGCUUUCAGAUUUUGGCUUAGCCACAGAUGGAUCAGAGGCACAAGACUCAAACUUUACAAAAAGUGUAAUGGGCACAGAAGGCUAUGCAGCUCCAGAAUACAUCUCAGCAGGUCAUUUGACGACUAUGAGCGACGUUUUCAGUUUUGGGGUGGUGCUUUUAGAGAUGCUAACAGCUAGAAAGGCAGUGGAGAAGUAUAGGUCACAAAGAGCGAGGAACCUAGUGGAAUGGGCGAGACCCAUGUUAAAGGAUGCCAACAAGAUUGAAAAGAUUAUAGACCCGAGUCUCGAAGGGAGAUACUCUUUUGAAGGCAUAAAAAAAGCAGCUGCUUUGGCUUACCAGUGCCUGAGCCAAAACCCUAAGUCACGACCCACUAUGACCACAGUGGUCAAGACCCUUGAGCCAAUUCUAGACCUCAAAGACAUCCAAAACGGACCGUUUGUGUACAUUGUUCCGGUAACAGGUGCCAAUGAAGUUGAUGACAUCAAAUGUAAGGAUGAUGUCAGAGUCGUAAAGGAGGAAACAGAGAAAGAGGCAAAUGUCUGCCCACGACAUCGAGCAGGUCGAAGGAAGAGACGUAAACACAAGCCAAUGAGGUCUCGCGCCGUAUAUUCAGACACUACACUGUACAAGAGUCUAGGAACCAGUUUAUACUCCCCAGCAGAGUAAUUAAUCGCAAGAUUAAAUUAUUUUAACUUUUCUACAAAUAUAGAUAUUAGGAAACGAUAUAGUAUACAGGGGAACUAGAAGAAGAAAAAAAUGGUUGUGUUAGGUAAAUGAAAAUACUAUAGGAAUCCAGGAAAUUCUACAUAUGUUGUGAUAGAAACGUAGCUUAAAAAGUGAGCUACAUAGAUAUUAUUUGAGCAGUCAAUUUUUGAAUUUUUGUAACCACAGAUGUAUAAGUCUGAAUUGUAUGCGUGUUCAAAAGGGACAGUAAUACUUGGAUAUUUACUUAA